AUGGUGAUGGAUCCAUCGUUCGAGCCUGGAAAGCUCUAUCCAAAGCCGAAGCAGCUGACUCACGCUGAACGGCGGCGGAUGGAAGCGGAAGUGCCCAAGAAACUGAGCCGCAGCGAAGCGAGGGAGAAAAAAGAACUCGAAGAGGCGCGAAAAGACGGAACGGCGCAGCCAGAAAAGGAUGAAAAGGGCGAAAUUAUUAAUCCACACAUUCCAAGCUACAUCGCCAGCGUUCCAUGGUACAUCGACAAGGAAAAGAAACCGUCGCUCUCGCAUCAGCACAAACCAAAGGACUCGCUCAAACACACGAUCGGAGACUGGUACCACCGAGGAAUGCCCGCUCAAAAAUCCUCCACUCGUUUUCGAAAAGGCGCUUGUGAAAAUUGCGGCGCAAUGACGCACAAGAAAAAGGACUGUCUCGAGCGGCCGCGAAAACGAGGAGCAAAAUGGACGGGAGAAGACAUUGCACCGGACGAAUAUAUUCAGCCGAACUUGGAGCUUGGUUUUGAGGGAAAACGAGACAGGUGGAAUGGAUACGAUCCGGCUAGACACCGCUUUGAAGUUUUUGAAGAGUAUCAGAAGAUUGAUAUUGCCAGAAAAGCCAUCAACGCUCAGAGGCUUCAAAAUGAAAUCGAAUCUGGCACAAUCGACGAGUCCUUACCUGAGCACAAAGACGACGACAAAUACGACGAAGACGAAGUGAAAAUGCACAACCAAAUGAACGUCGACCAGCGUCAAACUGUCUCCGUCCGAAACCUGCGAAUCCGAGAAGAUACUGCCAAAUACCUGCGUAAUUUGGACCCUGAAUCUGCCUUUUACGAUCCAAAGACAAGAUCCAUGCGUGAAAAUCCUUAUGAAAAGACUGAAAAGGGAACAGACGAAGUCGAUUUCGCAGGAGAAAACUUCGUUCGCCACACUGGCGAGUCUGUCGAUUUCGCCAAGGCGCAGGUCUUCGCCUGGGACGCGAUGGACAAGGGAGUCGACGUUCAUUUCCAAGCGGAGCCGACCAAGGCCGCCGUCUUGCGCAAAACAUACACGCAGAAGAAAAAGGAUCACUCGCAGAAAUUGAAACAGUCGGUUUUGGACAAAUACGGAGGAAUGGAACACUUGAAGGCGCCGCCAAAAGAGCUGCUCCUCGCGCAAACAGAAAACUACGUGGAAUACUCGCGAACCGGCCAGGUCAUAAAAGGCCAAGAACGAGCCAAAAUUAAGUCUCGUUACGAAGAAGACGUCCUCAUCGGAAAUCACACGGCCGUUUGGGGCUCUUUCUGGGACGCUGGCGACUGGGGCUACAAAUGUUGCAAGUCGACGGUCAAGAACUCUUACUGUAUCGCCAAUAAGGAAGGGCGAAAAGGAUCAACAGAAUCGAAUGCGAUCGAAAUGGCUCCCCCAAAACUCGUCCCGCAAAUCAUCAAAAGCGAAGAAGCGAAUCCCAAAUCAGAUUCUUCCAGCGACGAUUCUAGCUCUAGUUCUAGUUCUGAAAGCGAAGACGAAAACGCAGGAAAGUCGUUGAUGGAAAUUCACCAGGAGAAGCAAAAGAGCAAAAAGAAAAUGUCAAAAAAAGAGAAGAAAAAAGCCAAAAAAAAAGCGAAAAAAGAGGCGAAGAAGGCGAAGAAGGACGCGGAUAAAAAACGAGAACAAGAUAUUGAAGACGCUAUUCGAAAAGAACGGGAGAGAAUCAAAGAGGUUGACAAAUUUCUGGCGACAGACGAGAGGAAGCGCAAGUACAACUCAAUGGAAGCUGUAUCUGAGCCCUCCGAAGCCGAGCUCGAAGCGUUCAAACGAACUCGCGUCAAUCGAGCCGAUCCAAUGGCGAAUUUCUUGUCGAAAUGA